AUGAGUAAAUACUCUAGGGGUUUAGAUAAUGGAUAUUGGGUCAAACGUCAGCGUGCUUAAUCAAUUUAAUCAGCUAAGUAAAUAGAAAAUAUGUAAAAUACUUUGAAUUAAGGCUAUUCUGUUGCUUUAUAAUUCAAUGGAGAUCAUAAGAGAGAAAAAUCAGCUGAUAUUUUCAAUGAAAAUAGAAUCUCUACAUGUUCCUUUGUAAAAAGAAAAGGAAAUGACUACGAAGCAGUACCUUUCUAUGCACGCCCUUUAACUGCUGCCAACUUGGCUAGCACAGCUGAGACCAUUAUGAACAAAUCCUUAUAUAAAACUUCAACAAAUACAGAAGCUUAUCGUACAAGAGCUUUGAGUCAUGCAGGUAUGGGCUCUAGUAAACCGUUGGAGCCAUACAAUCCAAAUGCUUAACGCUCACGUUUGCCUUCUCAAGAUUUUAAAUAAUACUACGUAAAUAGAAGUGUUAUAGAGAUUGGAGAUAGGAAUAGCUUUGAUAAAAAACACUAUUUAACUACAAAUAGAAAUGAAAUGGGUAGAUAACCUCAUAAGCAUUUUGUGAGCAAACAUCCAGGAAUCACAACUUACUAAAUUAAGUGGGAUAAAUAUUUAAAGAAUAAGUGA